AUGGCAACUCUGGUGACUGUGGAGGUGCUGGCCACAGAGAUGGAAGCGAGGGUGGGGUGGCGUCUGCAGGGAUGGCGAAUGUUUCCAUUCCUCUCUUUCACUGUGGCUGGACUGGAGCCCACAAGCCAUUACAGGAUGUUUGUGGAUGUGGUCUUGGUGGACCAGCACCACUGGCGGUACCAGAGUGGCAAGUGGGUGCAGUGUGGAAAGGCAGAAGGCAGCAUGCCAGGAAACCGUUUAUACGUCCACCCAGACUCCCCCAACACCGGAGCCCACUGGAUGCGCCAGGAAGUUUCAUUUGGAAAACUAAAGCUCACCAACAACAAGGGGGCUUCCAACAAUGUGACCCAGAUGAUUGUCCUGCAGUCCCUCCAUAAGUACCAGCCCCGGCUGCACAUUGUGGAGGUGAACGAUGGAGAGCCGGAGGCCAUCUGCAAUGCGUCUAAUACGCACGUCUUUACUUUCCAAGAGACCCAGUUCAUUGCGGUGACUGCUUAUCAGAAUGCGGAGAUCACUCAGCUGAAAAUCGACAAUAAUCCCUUUGCCAAAGGAUUCCGGGAGAACUUCGAGUCCAUGUAUGCAUCUGUUGACUCAAGUGUUCCCUCCCCACCUGGACCCAACUGUCAACUGCUUGGGGGAGACCCCUACUCGCCUCUUCUAUCCAACCAGUAUCCUGUUCCCAGCCGAUUCUACCCCGACCUUCCUGGCCAACCCAAGGAUAUGGUCUCACAGCCUUACUGGCUGGGGACACCUCGGGAACACAGUUAUGAAGCAGAGUUCCGAGCAGUGAGCAUGAAGCCCACAUUCCUGCCCUCUGCCCCUGGGCCCACUGUGCCCUACUACCGUGGCCAAGAAGUCCUGGCACCCGGAGCUGGCUGGCCUGUGGCCCCUCAGUACCCUCCCAAGAUGAGCCCAGCUGGCUGGUUCCGCCCCAUGCGAACUCUGCCCAUGGACCCUGGUCUGGGAUCCUCAGAGGAACAGGGUUCCCACUCGCUGUGGACUGAUGUCACCCCUCUCCGGCAGGAGCCCAGCGACUCGGGACUAGGCGAGGGGGAGUCUAAGAGAAGGCGGAUAUCCCCCUAUCCCUCCAGCGGAGACAGCUCCUCUCCUGCUGGGGCCCCUUCUCCUUUUGAUAAGGAAACCGAUGGCCAGUUUUAUAACUAUUUUCCCAACUGA